AGGUAACAAUGGGAAAAAAUCUGAGUAAACAAAUCAAAUUAGAGGGAGAUGAGAAGUUUAUGGAAGGAUAUAAACCAGGAUCAGGACAAAUAAGUAUAGUCAGAGAUGGAGGAAAAAACAUGGGUUUGAAGGAAAACUCCAUACUCCAGACAUAUUAAAGUUACAGGGAAACUUAAAACUGGAGAUGUUACAGACUACCAAUAAUAAAAAAGGCCAAGAUAGAAAAAAGGAAUACGUUUUCUCUGAUGCAUGGUUAGAACAGAGUAAACUAAGAGAUAAUAAGAGACAACAGAAAAAGAGAAAUAAGGAGAAAAAACUGCAGGUGGCUUUAAUCACACUAGACGAAGAAACGGCAGCAAGACCUUCUGCCCCUCCAGCUCCUCCACCGCCCCCACAAAUUCCGGUGCCUGCACCGGCGCUGGUUCCAGCCACAGAUAGACAAGAAGCAAGGGGGGGGGGGUGGAACCAUCUCGCAUGUUAACUCGAGGGUCUGAUCCCUCUCUAUAUCCUGUAAAAGAUUUGGCCACAGCUAAAGUACAAUGGCAUCCAAAAAAUAACACAGAACAAGAGGAGGUAGAAUGGCAGUGUCCCCUCGUAGAAGUGGCAAACCCAAAUCGAGGGCCAAAUAAUGCAGGACCCGAAACUAUGUUAGUAUAUAGACCCUGGACCGCUGAGGAUAGAACAGCGGCUUUAAAAGGAAUACCCCCGGUUGAAGAAGGGGUACCCGAGUUUUGGACUGCCAUCCUAGAAUUACAAAGUAGUUUUCAUUUGAACGGCAGGGAAAUGUACCGAUGCCUAAGACAGUUGUUUACCCAUAAAUGGGGACGUGUGGCAGGCGACUUCACUGGACACGGUGCCAAUAAUCAGCCCUUAGCACAUAACUCGCAGGAACUCAUACAAGCAUUACAAUACCUGCGAGAGAGGAUAGACACAGUCUUCGUGAGAUGUGCAGAUUAUGGGCGAAUAGCGCAGUGCAAACAAAAACAUGGAGAGGAACCAGAGGAUUUUAUGGAUAGGAUGCGAGUGGUGUUCAGGGGAAAUUCAGGAAUUCCUCACGACGAGGAAGACGGAGGAGUGUAUCAGCAACAAUUAAAACGAGCUUUUGUCGCAGGCCUAAAGCCUGAAUUGCGAAAAUAUCUCGACAAACAUUGGGUACAUCAGAAUACUGGCUCAGUCCAACAAGCCUUAGAAUAUGCCCAACACGCACAGAAAGCGCAGAAACAGCAAAAGACAGAUACAAUAUUCAGCGCCUCUGACGUGGUAGCGCUAGUGCAAACGAACCCUCGGGGACGCGGGGGAUUCAGAGGUAGAGGAAGAGGAAGAUUUAGAGGCCGAGGAAGAUUUAGAAAUAAACAAACAGGAGGGUUUUCACAGGAAACAGAGUGUUAGACAUGCGGGAAACCUGGACAUUUAAGCAGGGACUGCAGGUCAGGGAAGCGACCAUUUAAUCAAAACUCCACCGAAAAUGACCAAUGACCCUCCUCGGAGACCCCUGUUGCCGACACUAUCCGAGGUGAAACAGAGGUCAUUUUAAGGGAAGAAACGGAGGUUACCUUACAAGACCUCCUGGAUGAGGAAAUAGAUUUGCAAGCAGUAUGUCAGCUAUUAGCAGAAAGGCAGUGGGGAACUUUGCCAAGUCGGAAAUUAAUCAUAAAUGGCAAAGUAUACGAAUGCCUGUGUGAUACUGGAGCCUGUAGGACUGUCCUAACCUCCAUCCAUCCAUCCAUUUUCCAAACCGCUUAUCCUACUGGGUCGCGGGUGGUCCGGAGCCUAUCCCGGAAGCAAUGGGCACGAGGCUGGGAACAACCCAGGAUGGGGGGCCAGCCCAUCGCAGGGCACACUCACACACCAUUCACUCGCACAUGCACACCUAAGGGCAAUUUAGCAACUCCAAUUAGCCUCAGCAUGUUUUUGGACUGUGGGGGGAAACCGGAGUACCCGGAGGAAACCCCACGACGACAUGGGGAGAACAUGCAAACUCCACACACAUGCGACCCGGGC